AUGCUCAUCUAUUUGAUUACGAAGGAUGGAGCUGUUUUACCACCUGAUGAAGAUGUUCAACCAUUCAAAAAUAAUUCUGUUUAUACAAAUGCAAUUCCUUCACUUUCUAUUCAAUUGGCUCAUAAUAUUAGUUGCAUUACUAAUAAAAUGAUAUCUCCACAAUGCUUGGAUAUUGUAUCGAAUCUAUAUUUUCCUUUCGAUAAUUCAAUUAGAACUUAUAUUGAAUAUGAAGGUUUUGAUUUAAAUCAUACUACUAUUAAACAAACCGAUGUUGUUCUUCUUGCAUUUCCACUGAUGUGGUCAAUGAAUGAUGAAAUAAAACGAAAUGAUUUAUUAGCUUAUGAACCUUUAACACGUGUAUGGACUGAAACUCAAUCAGGUGUUGAUGCAGUUAAUUUUAUAACUGGUAUUGGAGGUUUUUUACAAGCUGUUAUUUUCGGUUAUGAUGGUAUUCGUUUAAAAUUAAGUCAACUUGAAGUUAAGCCUCAAAGUCAUCUGCCAGGUCAAGCAAUUAAAUGCAUCUUUCAUGGUAUUAAAUAUCAAGGAUUUGUUCUUGAUUUGACUAUUAAUAAUAAGACCUAUGAAAUUAUUGUCAGUUGUCAGAAUAAUAAUGAUACUAUUCCUCUUGUAUAUGGAUAUGGACAUCAACACAGUACGCUAAAAGUAAAUGAUCGUCUUUCAUUUCCUAUAGACACACUUCUUAUUAUUCGUCGAUCAAUCGCUCUUUGUCCUUGA